AGUUUUCCAAGUGCCAACAUCAUCCCUGCAUCGACUGCGCCUGCGCACGACGAUCCCAUUCUUGUCCUGCAGGCAGCAUUCCGGGUGGAGAGUGUGAGAGAAAGAGAAAGACAGAGGAGAUUUGAGGCCGUAUACUGUACAUUUUCAAUAAGAAACGGGAGCUGUAUGCCCAAACCAGCUGCGACCUUUAAGCAGGAUAUGGGCUCUCCAGGGCAGAUCCCGGGACAAGACAUGGAUCUCUAGGCUAGUCCUUUCCAUCCAUCUCCAUUUGCUGCCUUGCCUGCUGCUCGCUUAAACCACCUCUUCCACCCCUGCUAUAGUGGUUUGGCUCAGACUCCUCUAAGAAAAGAAGAAAAAAAAAAAAAAACCCAAGUGGGAGGGUGUAGUAAACUUUCCCCAGCUGCUGUCCAGACACACACAUGCUGCAUUGCUGCCAUUCCCCAAGCCCUGCUCCAUCCAUCCCUAGGGCACGGCCACUAGCUUGCUAGCAAGCUAGCACUUGGCACAAAAGGAAGGCCUGUCCUCGGGUAUAAAAAGAAAUACAAGCAGACCGUGUACACUUGCCUCUUUCUUUUUUUCCCCCCUGCUUUUCCGGGUCAGCCAGCCACAUACUCACCAAGUGGGGCACCUUUUGUUUAGUUCAUUCCUGCUGCUUUGAGCAGUGGAGGAUUGCUAGCCGACAGUCAAGUCAGUCAUUCAGCCAGCAGACUGAGGAAGUCAGGGGGAGUGUUUAUCAGAGGCCAGGAUGAUGGAGCCCAGCAUGGAGAACUGCCUGGCCCAGGUCCUGCAGAAGGACGUGGGCCGACGGCUGCAGGUCGGACAAGAGAUCAUUGAUUACAUUUUGGACAAGGAGAAGUCUCACGACCUGGAGCAGGAUCAGACCGCGCUGGACAAGAUGGUGGACGGCAUCGCCAGCUCCUGGGUCAACUCCAGCAACUUUAAGGUGGCUCUGCUCGGCUUGGACCUUUUAUCAGCCUUAGUGACAAGGUUACAGGAGCGAUUCAGGGCCCAGGUGGGAACAGUUCUGCCCAGCCUCAUUGAUCGUUUGGGAGAUGCCAAAGACCAAGUGCGAGACCAAGACCAAACACUGCUGCUAAAGAUCAUGGAACAAGCUGCCACACCGCAGUACAUAUGGGACAGAAUGCUGGGAGGCUUCAAACAUAAGAACAACAGGACCAGAGAAGGAGUGUGCCUUUGCCUCAUCGCCACACUGAACACAUAUGGAGCUCAAGGCCUGACCCUUAGUAAAAUUGUUCCCCACAUAUGUAACCUCUUGGGAGACCCCACAAGCCAGGUACGCGAUGGAGCUAUGAGCUGCUUGGUGGAGAUCUACAGACAUGUGGGCGAGAGGGUGAGGAUGGAUCUCAGCAAAAAAGGCCUGCCACAGUCACGGUUGAAUGUAAUCUUCAGCAAAUUUGAUGAAGUCCAAAGAUCUGGGAACAUGAUCUCAUCCUCUGGCUCAGAUAAGAACUUUGAGGAUGAGGACUCAGUGGAUGGAGGCCGGUCCUCCUCCUCAUCGUCCUCAAAAGCACCCUCCAGUGGCAGGAGGACUGUAAUGAGCUCUGUUAGAAGACCCAGCUCAGCCACCACAGCUAAGGCCACAGGUAAAGAAGCAGGAGCUGGUGCUGUUGAUGAAGAGGAUUUCAUCAAAGCCUUUGAAGAUGUGCCCGCAGCCCAGAUCUACUCCAACAGGGAGCUAGAGGACCAGCUGACCAAGAUCAGGGAAGUGCUGUCUGAUGACAAACAUGACUGGGAGCACCGAGUGGUGGCGCUGAAGAAGGUGCGUUCGCUCAUGUUGGCCGGGGCCACUGAGUACGAGGGUUUCUCUCAGCAGCUGCGUCUCCUGGAGGCUCCCCUCAAGCUGUCAGCUAAAGAUCUGCGCUCCCAGGUGGUCCGCGAGGCCUGCAUCACACUGGGACAUUUAUCAUCAAUUCUGGGCAACAAGUUUGACCAUGGAGCAGAGAGCGUCAUGCCCACACUGCUGAACCUUGUGCCCAACAGUGCCAAAGUCAUGGCCACAUCCGGGGUGGCUGCCAUCCGCCUCAUCCUCAGGCACACACACUACCCACGUCUCAUCCCCAUCAUCACCAGUAACUGCACCUCCAAAUCAGUAGCUGUAAGACGGCGCUGUUAUGAGUUCCUAGACCUCAUGUUACAAGAGUGGCACACUAAUACACUGGAAAGACAUGUGGCUGUUCUGACUGAGACCAUCAAGAAAGGCAUACACGAUGCUGACUCUGAGGCCAGGUCCAUUGCUAGAAAGUGCUAUUGGGGUUUCCAUGGUCACUACAGCAGGGAGGCAGAGCAUCUCUUCCAGGCGCUAGAGUCCACCUAUCAGAAGGCUCUUCAGUCUCACCUGAAGAGCUCUGACAGCAUCGUAUCUCUACCCCAGUCUGACCGUUCCUCGUCGUCCUCCCAGGAGAGUCUUAACCGGCCAUUGUCUGUGAAGAGUGUCAUUGGAGGGAGCAUAACAAGGAGUAAGCUGGUGAGCGGCAGGGUGCCUGCCACGCCGGGUUCCCUCCAGCGCUCCCGUAGCGACAUCGACGUAAACGCCGCCUCUAGCGCCAAGUCACGUCUGUCCACCGUCCCCGCCUCCUCGCCGUUCAGCUCCGCAGCUGCCCUUCCCCCAGGGUCCUACGCUUCCUUAGGCCGUGUCCGUACCAGGAGACAAAGCUCCGGCAGUGUGGGUGGAGUCAGCACUUCAGUGGUGGACAGCAGGGGGCGAAGCCGAGCCAAAGUGGUCUCCCAGUCCCAGCGAUCCAGAUCAGCCAAUCCCAUCAGUGCUGGCAGUCGCUCCAGCUCCCCAGGCAAGCUGCUCGGCCACAGCAGCUACGGCCGGAUCCCCGGGCCACGACGUCUUCCUCCACGACUCCAGGCCGACAAGCGCAGCAGGAUCCCUCGCAGCCAGGGCUGCAGCCGAGAGACAAGUCCCAGCCGCCUGGGCCUCGCCCGGAGCCGCAUUCCCCGCCCCAGCAUGAGUCAAGGUUGCAGUCGCGACACCAGUCGCGAGAGCAGCCGCGACACCAGCCCCGCUCGGGGCUUUGCCCCUCUGGCCUCCCGACGUCACUCCCGUUCCACCAGCGCUCUCUCCACAGCCGACCCCCACGGCCAGUCAGACCGAUAUGGUUUGAUUCAUCAAGCAAGAAUCUCUGCAUCAGUAAAUGCCAUGAGGGUCCUUAAUACUGGCACUGAAGUGGAGGCAGCAGUUGCCGAUGCUCUGAGGAAGCCGCUGAGGCGGAGGUACGAAUCGCCUGGGAUGUACUCUGAUGAUGAUGCCAACAGUGACGCUUCCAGCGCCUGCUCGGAGCGCUCGUACGGUUCGCGAAACGGAGGCAUACCCCAUUACCUGCGCCAGACGGAGGACGUGGCGGAGGUCCUCAACCACUGCGCCAGCUCCAACUGGUCGGAGAGGAAGGAGGGCCUGCUGGGCCUGCAGAAUCUCCUCAAGAGCCAAAGAAUACUGAGCCGGGUGGAGCUGAAGAGACUGUGUGAGAUCUUCACAAGGAUGUUUGCAGAUCCACACAGCAAGAGAGUGUUCAGCAUGUUCCUGGAGACUCUUGUGGACUUCAUCACAGUACACAGGGAGGACCUGCAGGACUGGCUUUUUGUCCUACUCACUCAGCUGCUGAAGAAAAUGGGGGCAGACCUGCUCGGCUCCGUCCAGGCCAAAGUCCAGAAGGCCCUGGAUGUCACAAGGGAGUCGUUCCCAUUCGACCAACAGUUCAACAUUCUAAUGAGGUUUAUCGUCGAUCAGACUCAGACACCAAACCUCAAGGUAAAGGUGGCCAUUUUAAAAUACAUUGAGUCCCUGGCGCGGCAGAUGGACCCGACUGAUUUCGUCAACUCCAGUGAGACGCGCUUGGCUGUAUCUCGCAUCAUCACCUGGACCACUGAGCCCAAAAGCUCUGAUGUUAGGAAGGCAGCCCAGGUGGUGCUGAUCGCCUUGUUCGAGCUCAACACCCCAGAGUUUACCAUGUUGCUGGGAGCCCUGCCCAAAACUUUCCAGGACGGAGCGACCAAACUGCUACACAACCACCUUAAAAACUCCAGCAAUACCAGCAGCAGUGUGGGGUCUCCGAGCAACACCAUCGGACGGACGCCGCCGCGCCACACUCCCAGCAGAACCAGCCCUCUCACUUCUCCGACAAACUGCUCCCACGGAGGAUUGUCUCCAAGUCGGUUAUGGGGUUGGGGUGUCGACGGGCUGUCAAAGCACCCCCCUGCCCCUCCUCCUCCUCCUCCGCCUCACUCCACCCCUGCUGCCCCCUCCCUAAGGGUCCUGCGCCGAGCAUAUUCACCCAGCAUGAUGGAGUACGACACCGAGAACAUGAACUCGGAGGAGAUCUACAGCUCUCUCCGUGGCGUCACCGAGGCCAUCCAGAGCUUCAGCUACCGGAGCCAGGAGGACCUGAAUGAGCCAAUCAGACGGGAGGGCAAGAGGGACGACGCAGCGGGGAGAGAAGGAGUAGCAUCGUCUCCUGGAUCUGACGCUCGCCUGGGCUUGGACAUGGUGGAAGGAGGUCGCACCGCCUUGGACAACAAAACCUCACUACUCAACACACCAUCGCCACGUUCUUUCUCUGGGCCGCGGAGUCGUGAGUUUGCCCCCUACGGCUACGGUGAAACCAUCUGUACCUAUGACAAGAGCGCCCUGAAGGAGGCCGUCUUCGAUGAUGACGUGGAGCAGUUCCGCGACUUCGGUCAGGAUCACUCGGACCUUGUAGCCGACCUGCUUAAGGAGCUGUCCAAUCACAACGAGCGUUCUGAGGAGCGUAAAGGUGCCCUGGUGGAGCUGCUGAAAAUCACAAGAGAAGACAGUCUGGCUGUGUGGGACGAACACUUUAAAACCAUCCUCCUCCUCCUGCUGGAGACACUGGGUGAUAAAGAUCACACCAUCCGAGCCCUGGCCCUGCGUGUGCUCAAAGAAAUUCUGAGGAACCAGCCAGCCCGCUUCAAAAACUAUGCCGAGCUAACCAUCAUGAAGACUCUGGAGGCUCACAAGGACUCUCACAAAGAGGUGGUGCGUGCAGCCGAGGAGGCGGCGUCCACCCUGGCUGGAUCCAUCCACCCGGAGCAGUGCAUCAAGGUGCUGUGCCCUAUCGUGCAGACAGCCGACUACCCCAUCAACCUGGCUGCCAUCAAGAUGCAGACCAAAGUCAUUGAACGCAUCGCCAAGGACUCGCUAUUGCAGCUGCUGCCAGACAUCAUCCCGGGACUCCUACAGGGCUAUGACAACACAGAGAGCAGUGUUCGCAAGGCCAGCGUGUUCUGUCUGGUGGCUAUCUACUCUGUAAUUGGCGAGGAGCUCAAACCCCACCUGGCACAACUCACGGGCAGCAAGAUGAAGUUACUGAACCUGUACAUCAAACGGGCCCAAACCACCAACAGCAAUAGCAGCAGUUCCUCGGACGUCUCCUCUCACAGUUAAUGUAGGGAAGUUCUCGAUUGGAAACCGUGCGGACGGACGGCGUUCCGGGAUUUCCAGGGCAUAGCCACGCUUAUUUCAGACUUCUCCGUCUCUGAGCUUCCCCUUCUCCUCCUCCUCCUCCUCCUCCUCUCUUCUUCCUCAUCAUAGCUCAAAGCUCCACCGUGCUUUUCUCUUGUUUUCGAGGGGAUCUCAUUGACCUAUUUGUCAUUUAGCUUCCUCCCUCAUCCCUGCCCCUGCUCUCAAAACUUUUGAAUGUAACCACAGAUUGGUUUUAGACUGGUGGGGGGAGGAAAUCAACAUGUUUAGAGUUUUUGGAUUUAGGAAAUGCACUUUCUUUUCCUCACUGUUUCCCACAACCACCACACCGCUUUUUGUCAAUAAAUGCUGUUUCUCCUUGAGCACUCAGAAAUAGGUAGCUUAAGGAGUUCAUACAUAAUACCACAAAUUAUCCACAUCGGAGUAGAGAAGUAUGCGAGGGAAAUUUCUGUUAAAUCAACUACAAUUUUGGGAAGAGGUGUCAUUUGGCUGGCCCAAUGAUGGUAAUAAGCCUGUAGGCUUUAGGGUGAAUUCUGGUUUGGGAGCAUAAAAACCAAAUAUUGCAAGAAAAAAGAAAUGUACAAGGCAACAAUGUGACAUAAAAAGAAAGUACUGUAUGAGCAUAUUAAGUUAAUGUUUUAAGUUUAUGGACCAUGAUCAGGGCUCAUAGAAGCCUGUGUAUCAAUUGUAGCUUUUCGUGCUCGUUUGUAAUUAACAGUGGCUUAUUUAAUUGAAUCCCCCUUUCACAAAAUUGAUGUUAUAAUCAACAAGGUACCAGGUUGCUAAAAGAUAACUUUUCAGCUACAGAAGUGACAAUCCUUCAAUUAUUGUUCAUAUCUUUAUCUUAAGGUACAGAAAAUGAAAUUGCUGUUAAACUUCACAGUGGCUGAAUCCUUCAUGAAAUUCACAAUCAGCAGACAGAGACCAGGAAAAGAUUCAUCGCCUGUAUUUUCACAAUGAACUUUCUGCAUUAAGUGAGAAAACAAAGAUUUUUGUUUUGUUUGACACUAUUUCACAAACAGAAGACACCAUUCGUUGCCAUCCGUGGCAUCUAAAUCCACGAGGCUGCUGCUGCUGCUCGGUCGAAGCAGAGAUGAAGAAGUCCUUUGUAAAUACUAUGGAUGUUUUCCCUGUUUGGACUUGGGAGAGAGACCAGUGAUCAAAAAGACAUUACCAGGCCUUAUUCACUUCACACGCGCUAGUGUUUGUUGACUGGGACUAUGGGGUGUGAAUGGGGAUGUACACAGCUGUAACUCUUGGCUCUCGAAAAAAAAAAAAAAAUGUGAAUCUGCAGGAAAACGGACCCUGGCAGCGGCGGCGGUGGCAGUUUUUGACGACGACGCAAAUACAGUAUUAGUUGUUUCCUCAGAUCUCCUUCAGUUCCCCUUCAUGUAACCACAGCUUCUGCAAUAACCGUAAAAAUCCACAGAUAAAGGUAUUUUGUACAUACACUUUUUGACCACUGCUUCGCAAAAUUUUACAUAAUGUAAAAAAAAAAAAAAGAAAAACAAAAACAAAAAGUGAACAGGUUGACUAUCUGACUAACUUUUUUGCAUGUUAGCGAAAUAGCUUGCAUGUAAUCUGCAGCACCUGUCAACUUUGUGCUGUUUUGAAAGGCCCAGGUCUUUGGCUGUUAAAGUGCACUUGUAACACCAUCAGAUUACUCAUCUCUGAUGUAAUGUUUCAGAGGAGGUAGUCACAUUAGCCAUAUGUGACAGGUACAAAAUGGGGGCAACAACUGUUGACCAAAACCCAUGUGUUUGGUAGAAGUACUCAGGCAGCGUAUUGAGAAAUCAUACCUCUUGGUACGACUGUGAAUUUUGAUUUCAGUGCUAAGUUUGAGGUGUCAAAAAGCUUUAAAAUAUUGGAUUCCUGCUAUGUGACGCUUCAUGGAUCCCUGAUUGGGAAGUUUUUCCCCAUUUGAUCAGAUUUUUAUUAUCCAUUAUGAUUUGGUUUAUCGUGUUAUUAUUGAUCUACUGUAGGAAAGGAUAAGACUUGUAUUGCUUUUUUAAUAUUUCUGUUAUUUUGUUUGCUAACGUCUAGCAAAUUAAUAAUAAUAAUGAGGAAAUAUUAGUAUUCCUGAUUUCACUUGGGGACAUCCUGAGUCCUUGGAUGGCUGAUGUGGCGCUCACUUUUAGUUAGUUUUCAUUCAGGGGAAUCCUCUGAGAAUGGGCCAAUUCUGGUUAUUUAAGUAAAUGAAUGUACAGAAUUUGCGUAUGUUAUAAUUUGCUUCUUAAGUAUUGGUACUGAAAAUAAUUUUGACAACAUACCAUCCUGCACACUCUGUAAUAUGCCUCUCUGCACUCUGUCUGACGUCCACCUAAAUCCUUUCUAACAGUUUCAGACCAUUAAUCGGCCGAGUUUUGUGUUUAAUCGGGCUUCUCCUGGUUGAAGCAAAUCUGUAGUUGACGUAAGCGGGGAAAGUUCACCAAUCACCAAAUCACCUGUCCCUAGCAUCUCUUACAACAUUGCUGGUCCCAGAAACAGACAAGAUGGUAUUCCUUGCAAACUGUUCACUAUGCAUGUUCUGCAGUACACUGUCUUUGUUUUGUCUCAAUCGGUCAUGUAAUAUUCAUACCUGUAUUUAUAUAUUUUAUUUUAUCUUAUUUUAUUUUAUUCUCCCAUGAUAAACUGUACAGAAGGUUUUUUUUUUUUUUUUUGUUAAAAUCCACCUGUGAUAGAUUUGCAACAAUGUAAAGAAACUGUUUGCUCUAGAAAUAAACAGACUCUGAGCUGA